AUCAAAUUAAGAUUUGUUUAUAAGCUGUACGAAAAUAAAUUACAUUCCAACUAUACAAAAUAUACAAGGACAAUAAAGCAGGAAAAAUCAAUGGCUAACUUUGCGGAAAUAAACAAAUGUUUGUGAAAAUCAUUGCCUUAAAGUAGAAUACAACAAAAUGGAUAAAUAGACAAAAAUAUAAUUAUAAAAGAGAAAAAGAAGCAGAUAAUUAGAUAAAGCUUCCCAUUACACUCCCUGAGAUUGGCAAAACGUUUUUACGUGAUUUCUUCGGCAACUUUCCAUAAAUCACCACCAGAUGGCGAAUGUGACUUCCCCUUUAAACAGCUCUUUUGAUAGGUUAAAAUCAUGGACAAUUCGAAAGUGGAUACUUCCGGUAAAACUUUUGAUUUCUGAUUCAUGCGCAAUCAGUAGAAAAAAGGACAGAAUUAUAAUAAUCUAAUCUCUCACUCUCACACAUCGGUUUUAUUAGAAAAAUGUCAAAUCUCUAGUUUGUUUUCUACAUUUCAUGGCUAAUUACACGUAGAUUUUAUUUGUAAUGAUCAAAAGUAACAAAAAGCAACAAGCUUUAGAGAGAUUUGACAGAAAUUGGAAAUGAAUUGCAAUGGCAAACCACCGAUUAACGAUAAAGUUCUGUCAAAUAUUUCCAUGGAAAACAAAUCAAUUAUUACAUGUGCUGGAGAUGAGGCAUUAUUUGCAAGUUUGGUGAAUAAUCUCGCUAAAUCAGUGUCGGAUGAAAAUGUUGAAUGGCGUAGAUCUGUCAGUCAAUUGCCAAUUAAAAAAGUUAAACUCAAUCCUAGAUUUAUUCCAUUUUCGGUGGAUAUUUUGCCAGAGGAUAAAAAUUGGCAUCUCGUUAAACAGCCAAUUUUUCAUAUAUACUGGACAGAGUGUUCCGACGUUGAUAUUUACAAAUCUUCAGUGAAAGAUGAUAUAGAUAAAUGGUUAAAAAAUCUAGGGCAUAAUAAUAUCCAGGACUGGAUGAUAGUACUCGUAGAAACUUAUGAUAUCAAAAAGAGUAAUAAAUUACUUCCAAGAACGACAGUUUUAGAUAAAAUUCGAAAUGAUUUUGGUUCUAAACACGGGGACAGGUGCAUAUCGGUUAUAAAUCCAAUUAAGUCUGAAUCUCGAUCGGCUGAAUCAUGGAGAGGUCUAAUUGUACGAAUAAGGCAUUUAACACUAACAGCAUAUGACAAAGCACUUUUACGAUUUAGAGAAAUUAUAAAGGAGCAUCGCGAGAAACGAAAUCAACUCGGUUGGAAUUUUUGCCAUUAUUUUCUUCUACAAGAAGAACUUGCAUUUGUAUUAGAAGUCUUAGGUUUAUAUGACGAGGCUUUGAUACAAUAUGAUGAAUUAGACGCACUUUUCACACAGUUUGUACUCAACUCAAAUGUCGGAGACACGGCGGUUUGGCUCAGUACGUUUCAAACUCCGUUAAACAAUUGGUCAGGUGUAAAAUUAAAUAACACCGUUGAUCAUCAAUUGAGACUGAUGUUGGCUGAAUGUAAAGCUUCUUUAUUAGAUCUAAGGAGUUAUUUGUUCGGCAGACAGGCGGCAAUGUUAUUGUUACGCAACAUGCCUUGGGAGAUUGCGCAGAGGUGUUUAUCAUUUAUUUACAAUACACUCAGCGAACUUCAAAUUUUGGAAAUUCAAAAACCAGAAGGUGCUGUCGAAUGUUGGGCUUUUCUCUGUGCUUUAGAAGUUCUUCACGCCUGUCAAUUGUCGAUGUCAAAUUCAGAGAAUAAUCAACAAGUUGAUCUCUGUUCUGUACAUACCGCAAGUUUAUGGGCAGUUGCCAAAGAUAAGUUGGAGUCUUUGGGAAAAUUGUGUGGUCUCAUGCCGGGCAGUGAACCAUCGAGUGAACAAUUACACACGGUUGUUUAUUUAAUUGCCGGAAUUGGCGAUUCAGAACCACAAGCAAUGGGAAAACCAACACCAAUUGAUAAAUUAAAAGAGGCAUUGUCCUCGAAGGAGGCAUUUAAACGACAAUAUCUUGAGCACGCUGAAUUGGCAAUGGGAACUUAUAAGCAUAUAGGACGUAUAAGAUCGGCACGUUUAAUUGGCAAGGAUCUUGCAAAUUUUUAUACUGAAUUAGGUGAAAAUCAAAAGGCCGUUGCAUUUCUCUCCGAUGCCUUACAAACAUAUACGGACGAAGGAUGGUUAAAUUUAGCGGCACAAACUCAAUUAGAAUUGGCGCAAUGUUAUAAACGAAUGGACGACGUUGAACGUUAUACAAAAAUAUCAGCCGCCAUUGCCAGUAAUAAAAGUUUACAUAUUACAGUUCGUAAUACAUAUUUCGAGGAAUUAUUGGGCUAUAUGAAAUUAUUGUCUUCCCAAAAACCAUUGCUCAGUGAAUUAAUGGACUGUUUCACAAUACUCAGUAUGGAAGUUAAUGUUACGGACAAAGUGGUUCAAGAUUGUAUAGUUAGUAUAGAAAUUAUUGUACAAAGUUCACUACCAAGAGAAGUGAAAUGUAAUCUUGCUUCAGUAUCCGUUGAAGAAAUACAGAAGCCCCAGGUGCCUAAUAAUAGAAAAAAAGGAGCGAAAUUACCAAUCGAACCACAAAUAGAUUUAUUAUUAAAGUGUACAAUAGACGUAAAGAAAUCAAUAUACGAGAGUUUAUCAAUAACAAUGAAUUCAUUUUUCGAAGAACAACAGGACAAAAGUUUAUUUCUUGCCAAGGCAAAUCCACAAAUUGUAAAAAUACCAAUAAGACGAUCGGACAGCACAAAACAUCGAAAACCGUCCACAAAUGUAAAAUGUGAUUUUGAUAAUUCUCUUGUCAGUGAUGAAUUUAUAAUGAAGCCGGGACUAAAUACACUGAUAGUUAAACGAAAAUUUGAACAACCAGGUUUUUAUAAAGUUGGUCAAUUAUCAUUGAUCAUUGAAAAUAAAUUAGAAUAUUUAUCAACGAUGUUGAGUCCGAGAUUAUUGUUUCAAGUGGCAAAAACACAACCAACAGUUUCAUUAAAUUCAACGAGGGAUUUAUUAGCCGGUCUUGUGCAGAAUAUAGAACUAAUUAUUUCUAGUGGUAGUUUGCGAAUAACGAAAAAUGAUGUUUUAAAAUUGAGAACAUCGCGUGGAUUCACAUUGCGAAUUGAUGAUGCCGAAUCAUCGGGACACAAGGAAUAUAAUAUUAAUUUACCAGAAUGUGAACCAUUUCAAAUAGAGAAAAUUCCAUUGAAAGUGUUUGUUGAUCUUCCACCGAAAAAGGAAUCAUCGUCCAUAGAGCACAAGUUAAGCAUACAAUGUCCUUGGGGUACGGAGGAAAGUAUAGCUCUCACUUUUGCGCCGCCUUUAAUGUCUGUGAUGAAAUUACACACCGCUAAGCAGAGGAAAUAUCUUCAAAUUAUCGUGACAGGCUUGAAUAGUCAAUUACUGCAAUUGACGGAACCACAAUUAACGAGUAGCUCAUCAGUGGAUGUGAAUUUUAAAAGUUUAAAUCCAGUUGCCGGACAGAAAUUAAUGAUUGGCAAAGAUAUGAACGUAUCAUUCAUGUGGGAACUUGAAUUCGGAAAGAAUGAAAAAUCCGCAAUACCAAUUAAAACCGAUUUCCGAGUCAAGUAUAUUCCGAUAAACAGCAACGAGAUCGAUGAGGAUACUUGCACUGACGAUCCAUUACAUAUCCAGGAUUUGCAAAAAUUAGAGGAAAACAGCAAUGUCUAUAAAUGUAAUUUCGACGUUGUGGACUAUAUGACAUUGUUUACAGUGACGUCUAAAAUUGAAGCCAGUGGCGGCGGAGGUGACUUCUGUCGUGCAGGCAGCAUGUGCCAUCUUUAUCUCACAGUGACACGCAUGUUACCUACUUCCAAUCCAACUCCUUCACCUCAACUCAUGUACGAAGUUUUGGCUGAUCAAACAAUGUGGGCUGUUUGUGGAAGAACCGCCGGCAUUGUGUCGUUGGAGACUCUUGAAAAACAGAGCGUUACUUUAGAUGUAAUGCCAUUAACAAGUGGUUACUUACCCCUUCCAGUUGUUAGAUUAUCUCGUUAUAUUCCUGCCACAGAGUCUAAAAAUGACAUAUCACGCAAAAGUGAAGUAACAUCGGGACCGAGACUCGAACCAUUUAGUCCAGGACAGGUUUAUAAUGCAAGUAAGGCUCAACAAGUUCAUGUACUACCAACCGCACCAUCAGAAACAACAUGAUGAACUUUAGGAAAUUGCGAGUAAUAUAUGUAAAUUACAGAAAAUUUAUCUUUACAAAGGUGAAUUUUGUCCGGAAGAUAUCAUUUUUUUUGUAAGUAUUUAUUGUACAUUUAAAGAAAAUUGAAUGUAAUAAUAUUUAAAAUGAGAAGAAAAAAAGCAUUCGUUUGCCUUUGAAAAGAUAAGAGCACUCUGCCAUUAAAUAUCUAGUAAUAUUCUGACAAUACAAAGUAGUGCAGGAUAUAUCAAGAGCUGUUUUCUUUAUUAAAUAGCUUGAAAAUUUGUAAUUUUCGAUUAUUACACUUUUUUCUUGAGAGAAAAAGUUUAGAGAAAAAAUCAUUCGUAGUUAAUUAAUUUCAUCAAGGAUAAAUGAUUCCAUCAUCAUUGUUUUUUGUUUUCUUUUUUUUUAUUGAAACUUAAGUUUUCUUGUAUGAUAGAGUAAAAAAUUAUUUAUUUAUUUAGAUCGAACUUUGUACUUAUAUGUAUAGAGUAACGAUUAUUCUGUAAUUUUAUAUACUCAUUAAUUUGCACUUGUUAUAUUGUAUUUAUACGACAAGUUGUACGAUGUAAAAUAUGGCAUAUAUAUAUAUAAAUGGAAAGUUUGUUAAGUCGUUUCAUAUAUAUUAUAAACUUGGUAUUUCUGGUAUCUAUUUAUAAUUUUUAAGAUAGAAAUGUGAAACAUAAGGUUUUAAUGAUUAUAGUUGAGAUUUGAUAAUCUAAUUUUAAGACAUUUAUAAUUUUUCAGCCAAAUUUUAUUUAAUUUUAAAUUUCAAC